AGCCCGACCCGUUAAAGCGCAUUUCUUAGAAUUCCAAUAUAACUAUAUAAGCCCCUAAUAAAAGCGAGAGUGAUGGUGGUUCUAGGGUUCAAGCCAAACUCGAGAAGGCGUUCGAGGAUCAAAUCAAGUGCAAGAGAUUGGUUAUAGCUCAGUAUACUAAGAGAUUAAAGCUGAAAAAACUUAUUCCUGUUAUUCUUGCCGGGGACACUAAAUGAAAGCUAUCAUCCUCUUGGUGGUUGCAAUGUAGCUUAAAGGUGGUGUGGUCCACCCUUCUGUCUUCAAUAUGAACAAAUGGGCCUUACUAGAAGUUCAACCCUUAGUUUAUCUGAAAAGAGAGAAAUAUUGAAGAAGAAGAAGAAGAAGUAGAAAAGGGAGAUGGUUUCUCCUUUGAGGCUGAGAGCUACAUCCCAAUGGCUUUUAGCAUUUGCAUUACUCGUUGCUUUGGUUGCCAUCUUCUUUCGAUUCUCCUUCAGGAAACAACAUAGGAUUUGGACGAUGGAAGAGCUGGCUAUGUAUAAUGGAACAGAUGAGGGAUUGCCCAUACUUUUAGGAAUACUGGGCUCUGUCUUUGACGUAACUAAAGGAAGAUCGCAUUAUGGUCCUGGGGGAGGUUACCAUCAUUUUGCUGGCAGGGAUGCAUCACGGGCAUUUAUUUCUGGAAACUUCACAGGUGAUGGCUUGAUUGAUUCUCUACAUGGCCUGUCUAGUUUAGAGGUAAAAGGUAUUGUUGACUGGCGGAAGUUUUACUUCGAAAGAUACAGAUAUGUGGGUAAACUUGUGGGUCGAUACCAUGACAGUCAAGGUAAUCCAACUAAAUACUUGAAGGGGGUUGAAUCAAAGGCCAAACGAGCAGCUCAGCUUGAAGAGAAACAAAAAAUUGAAGAGGCAAAAAUUCCAAGUUGCAACUCAAAAUGGAGCCAGGAAGAGGGAGGAGAGGUUUGGUGCGAAACUGGAUAUCCAAGACUAGUGAAGAGGCCUGUUGAUAUUGCUUUAACCGGUAGGGUGAGCCAGAGGUGUGCAUGCUACAAAGAAGAUGAACUCGGCAAACCAGGUUUGGUAGUAUACGAUGGCUGUGAUUAUUUGUCAAAAGUUUGCCGAGUAUAAAUAUAAAAAUUGUAUGAUUUAAACCUUUUUUUUUUCAAGCAAUUUGGUGUGAGGUUUUUGUACAUAUUACUUUACUGAUUGGUGAAUGUUUUGAUCCUAGAAAAAGAAUGGGAAUUGUACCAAAGAUUUAAAAAUAUAUAUAU